GUCAAAAUGAUGACACACUGGACAAAUAUUUAUGAGUGUAAAUUUUCAUGUGCGCAGGUAGGUGAUAUUUUGAAGUCUUACGUGUGCAAGUGGGUCAGAUUUCAAAUGUGAUCAGGUCCAAUGUCAAAACUGUGAAACAACACGACUUUGAUCUGUGGUUUAAUGGCUGACAGUCAGUUCUCUGAAGCUUGUGAAUGUUACAAAUUGUUAUUAGUCAGGCUUGUAAUUUGUUUUGAGGGCUAAAAUAAUCAUUUAAGGUCACCAUAACUGAUAAUAUGGUGACCUGAUCCUCCACAAGGACCCUGAAGAUUUCAACAGUGUGACGGAUCACUUUGUGUGAUCACCAGCUGAUUCACUGUCUUACUCAUUAUGGACGCUGGUUCUUUCAGGAUAGGCUUAAUUCAUUGCUGAGUAAGCUGGCUGUUUGACCACUGGUCAAACGGAGACUUCCUGUAUGGGGAUGGAUCUACCGUGAACCGCAUGAUGGAUGUGAAGUGCUUGUGUCUGUAUUUCAGGAGAAAAGAUGAGGAUCCUUCUCGUGGAUGCUUCAAGAUGGCCGAAGAAGUAACCGUGACAGCAAAAUAUGACUAUCACGCUGAAAACAGCCAAGAACUGGACAUAAAGAAGAAUGAGAAACUGACUCUGUUGGAUGACAGCAAGGAUUGGUGGAAAGUCCAGAACAGUUCCAACAAGUCUGGAUUUGUGCCAUCGAACUACGUCCGACGUAUAAAACCCAAAGCAUCAAUAUUCUCCAGUCUGAAGAGCCUUGGGCGGAAGAAGAGUGAUGCAGCAAAGAACUCAGCUUGUCCGUCACCGGCAACGUUGCGUAAUGGUGACGCCAGGAGCAACGGGUCCCCUUCACCAAGUGGGAGUUCCACCAGUAGUCAGCCUUGCCAUGAAGCAACUCCUGCCACUGCCAAAUAUCACUACACGUCCCAACGAGAAGAUGAAAUUUCUCUUGUGAAAGGGGAACAUUUAAUUGUGCUAGAAAAGUCCAAUGACGGCUGGUGGAAGGGCCAGAAGAACGACAAUUCCGUGGGCUGGUUCCCAUCGAAUUACGUGUUGGUGGAUUCCGAGGUGGACUACUGCACUGCCGCCACGGCCGAGUCCAUGAUGAAUGACUGUAUCGAGGUAGUGACCACCCUCUACCCCUUCACGGGGAAGAACAAGGAAGAGAUGAGCUUUGACAAAGGCCAGAGACUUGAAAUAAUCGACAAACCUUCAGAGGAUCCUGAGUGGUGGUUUGCUCGGAACUCUAGAGGCGACAUGGGGCUGAUUCCACGGAAUUAUGUGCAAAGUGUAGAGGAGUGUGAUGGUGACCGAGGCACGAGCAUGAGCUCCUGCACCCCACAGUCCCAGUCCACAAGUAGUCUGUCUAAUGCUUCAUCUCUCGGCAUCUCGGGUGGGCGGAGGCAGUUCCAUGUGUCGGGGCCUCUUCAGGAUAAGGACUGGUACUUUGGGAAAAUUAACAGGCCUCAGUGUGAGGAACUUUUAUCCAAAUACGCCGAGGAUGGUGACUUUCUUAUUAGGGACAGUGAAUCUGCCGCUGGCCAGUAUACAGUUGUAUUGAAGGCGCCCAAUAGAAACAAACAUUUUCGUGUUCAUGUUAAAGAUGGCGAGUACCAAAUAGGCCAACAGACUUUCACGUCUCUGGAACAGUUGAUAGAUCAUUACAAGAGACAUCCUAUUUACAAACAGGAGUCUGAAAAACUCUACCUUGUCAAACCUUUUGUAAUGCAGGCCGAUUUCUGACAUCUUGAUGCACAGGUGUGAUUUCUUAAUCUGGUCAUCGUCAUCUGCCGUGGUCACCCAUGGUUAGUGGACGAACAGUUGCUACAUUGGGAGUACGGAACACAACUGCUCAGCGUAGAAAUAACAUGCCAGGAGAACAACUCGGAAACAGAAGAGGAGAAAUGAACUUGCUGAUUGAUGGGGUUUUUAAUGUGAAAAAGGGCGUAUGUCCCUUCUACUUAAGACAUGUAAGACACAGAAUCUCGAUUUGAAACAACUGUUGUCAUGUAUUUAACCAGCUUCAUUGUUAUUAUCGAUAGAAAUGUUUGAUUGACAUGUAUCGCAGCAGCUUUUACUAUGAAAGAGCAGUAGCACUGGUUCCGAGUUUCCGAUCAGUAUUGUUUGCUUAUCAGUAAUAGGUAAAUUUGGUAAAUUGAUGGAAUAAUAGAAACGAUGCCAUAACCUAAUUUCGAUUAUUGUUUAACCAUUAAUGAUGGCUGGUGAUAGCUGAUGCAGUCUUUUUGUAAAGGUUGAUGAUAAAAUAAUAGAGAAUUCUUUUGUUUAAGGUAAGAGGAUUUGACAGAUGUACGAAUUUUGGGGUAUUCUAAUACCAUAGGAGGAAAUCUCAAGGAAGCGGUUGUUUCUCUUUAGAUGUUUUACUGGGGAAUCUCUUACCAGCCAUGUUAUGGUGUUGUAUAACUCUACUGCUCUUUCAUGGAACAGACCCUUCGUAUAUAUGGCAAGGUGAUCCCAAUAUUGAGGCAGAUUUGAUGCUGCCUACAGUAGAAUCUGUAUUAAGUGACCAGUCAAAAUAUAUCAGUCAUCAUCAUGAUCAUCAUCAUCAUUGGCACUACUAUUUCUCACAUAUGCUGUAUGGUUUUAUGCAGCAUGAAUUUACCACGAAACAUGGCGGUUGGUUUUAUGCAGCAUGAACUCACCCAUGUGGUGAGGCUGUUGGUUUUGUGCUGCAGUAACUCACCAUGAAGCAUAUCUUGGUUCUAUGCUGCAGUAACUCACCAUGAAGCAUGGCUGUUGGUUUUAUGAAGCAUGAACUCACCCAUGCUGUAUGGCUGUUGGUUUUGUGCUGCAUGGACUCACCAUAAAGCAUGGUUGUUGGUUUUGUGCUGCAUUAACUCACCAUGAAGCAUGGUUGUUGGUUUUGUGCUACAUUAACUCACCCAUGCUGUAUGGCUGUUGGUUUUAUGCAGCAUGAACUCACCAUGAAGCAUGGUUGUUGGUUUUGUGCUGUGUUAACUCACCAUGAAGCAUGGCUGUUGGUUUAAUGCUUCAUGAACUCACCAUGAAGCAUGGCUGUUGUUUUAUGCAGCAUGAACUCACCAUGAAGCAAGGCUGUUGUUUUUAUUCUGCAUAAACUCACCAUUAAGCAUAUCUUGGUUUUAUGCAGCAUGAACUCACCAUGAAGCAUGGCUGUUGGUUUUAUGCCCCAUGAAGUCAGCUGUGCGGUGUGGCUAGUAAUUUUAUGCUGCAUGAACUAACUAUUCAUUGAGCCCUAGUCUUUUGCACAUGUAUGUUAUAUAGAAUUGAAAUGUAAUCCUAUCUACAUAAGUAUCAAAACCUUUCGUUGAGAUUCUUAAUGAGGGCAUGAGAAGAUUGUAAUAUAUAAAUUAUUGAUUGUGAACUGACUGACAUAAAUCAUAUUUCCCCCUCAGUUAUAGAAAUGUCUUUGUCUCAAGUGUUCAAUCAAAUACUCUCUCCAGUUAUUUUUAUUUCAAGUGGAAUACAGGUGUUUCUAGAGCCACAUUCAGACUUUGAUAAACUCAGUGUUUCCGCUAGCAUUUUUUACAGCUGGACAUUGUGACUGGCUAGCAUUUCAAAUACCGGUCAUUUGUAAAUUUUACUGGUCAAGUGUUCGCUAGACUUUGCACCCUAACAACCAAUCAGAAAUUUAGAGGGUAUCGUAAUGCAUCAAUGCUGCUAUUUUUAGCCCGGGGUUUUCCAAAACUGCUAUUUUUUGUUUGACAACACCUCGAUGUAUUGUGAAAACGUAAUCUUUUUCGAGGAGAAAUAAAAUUGACAGAGGUAAUUAGAAAAUUGAUCUUAAAAUUUGCUGGACAUGAUGUCCGACAGCCUUUGAAAUUACCGGACAUUCUAACUUUGUACCGGUCAAAGUCCAGUAUAUGCUAGAUAACGGAAACACUGAAACUGUUUUCCAGAUUGGAUAAUAUGUGAAAAUAUUGAAGGCAUGAUUUUGGUGAAAUGGGAACAGACUGUAGUUGUGACAUGAUAAACAGUGCAGUAUUAAUGUAUCCUGUAUUUGAGGGCUGAAAGAUACUAAAGAUACUCUUGUCCUUCUCCAUGGUACUUUCUACAGCCAUAUUUUAAUCAAAGUGGAUUGAUCAUGGAAAUGACAACGUCUGAGGGUAUGGUUCUAAAUGUGUCCUUUAGCUUGAUAAAUGGGGCUAUAACUACAAACAGGCAUUUUAUAGGAAAGUUUGUUAGUGUCAUAAAUGCAAACCACGAGAUGUCCAUGUGCAUUAAUAAGUAUCAGGCUAACAAUGAUGAACGUCACAUUUGUCCUGAGAUAGUGGCAUCGUGGAUGCAUUACUAAGAUAACUGCUAAAGUCAGAAAAAUAGGGUACAUUUCUUGAGUGAACAAACUUCACAGAAAUCAAACUGAAUUCGCAUCUGUCUCAGAAAUAUUGACAUGGGUGUUUGAAGCACAUGAAAGGUGCAGUUUUGGAAAUGUGACUCACAUUUUGAAGAAUAGAUGUCUCGUACUUAAACAUGUCUUCAAUAAUAUUAACAUGUAUGAGUAGUGUAGUUUAGAUUUUUCGACAGUUUCUGCUAUUGUCAGAACCAUAUCGUGGGGAUGAAUUAAAAUCCAAACUCACCAGCCUUCCAUAUGAUGGGACACUGUGAGGUAGCCUAGUGGUUAAAGCGUUCGCUCGUCAUGCUGAAAACCCGGGAUCGAUUCCCCACGUGUGUGAAGACCAUUUCUGGUGUCCCCCACCGUGAUAUUGCUGGAAUAUUGCUAAAAGCGGCAUAAAACUAAACUCACUCAUUCACUCUUGACCUGUUGAUCUGAAAAGAUUAAAAAUGUUGUUAAGAGGAGUAAAACUUGAAUUAACAUGUUUAGAAAGUUUACAAUGUCAGAAAUAAUCGUCCUUGUAGCCCUUAAAACCCUCUAUCAUAUGAGCCAACAAACCCAAACGCUCUGUUAGAAACACCAACUCACCUAUAACUGUGGAAGGAAGAAGAAAAAAAAGAGCUGAUUAAGUGUUGUCAUAAAUUUGCAAGCUGUUCAAAUGAACAAAAUAUAGCUCUCGCUAUACAAAAUAUGAAUAUUGCUAAAAAUGGUGUAAAACUGUAUUGUCCAACCCUCACUCACUCAUAAGCACAUUUCUUAACUUUCAUAUCAGUUUUGAAAAACAUUUCUCGUUUCUUAAAUUAUGCAGAUGCUGCCCUGAAUUUGCUGUUAUCCUAUCUCGUCAUUUUGUAUGUUUUAGAAAAAACAUGUAGUGAUAUAUUCAAAACAUGCAUCAUUACACAAGACAUGAACUAUAAAUGCUGAUGAGGAAAUGUUCAAGAAAUAUUUCAUCAUUGAAAUCCAAAGAGUGUAACAGCCAAGCUAUUUGAUUGUCUUUCAUGUUCCACCUUCUUCAGCAUUAGAACCAAUGAUGUUUUAUGCCAGUCAGUUCCCUGUUUGAAAUGUAUCAGCUGAACUGACGUCUAUAGCUGUCAAUGGUGCUUCGUCCCCCACUGCCUUGCUAGCUCCAGGCUGCUUCGUGACGCUAAUUUCAAUCCAGUCUUUGUACAUUUCGCUUUGUUGGUAGUCUUACUGUAUGAUCAAAAUGUCUCCUAUGAACGUUGCAAAGUUUGCGUGUGGCAUAUAUUUGAUGGACUUUGAUACGAAAAA